UUGGCCUCGCUCACCAGGGGCGGCAGGUCUGCUUAUAAUUGGAUUAGGUCUAUGGCGGCUUACUUUCUGUAUUUGUGCGCUUUCUCAACUAAGUAGUUGUAUUUCGUCAUCUUAGACUACUGUCACGAAAUGGGAAUUCGUUUUCAAAAGAUACUCUGUGUUGGCGCCAUUAUUGUUGGUUGCAUCGCGGCAUUGUUGAUUUUGGUGUCCAAGCUGCUGCAGGAAAACCUUCCAAAUGUAUUGGUACUUGAAAAUAAGGAACUUGAGUUUGAUUAUAUUAUUGUUGGUGCUGGAACAGCUGGGUCAACGCUCACAUCUUUACUGACCAAGCACAGCAAUGGAAGUGUGUUGCUUAUCGAGGCUGGCGGCUCAUUUGGCUACCUGAGCCGGAUUCCACUGUUGUCCACAUUUCAGCAGAUGGGUCCUAACGACUGGUCCUUUCUAUCGGUACCACAGAAGCACUCAUCCAAGGGCUUGAUUGAGCAACGUCAGUGUCUACCACGUGGCAAGGGUCUGGGCGGAUCAGCCAAUUUAAACUAUAUGCUGCAUUUCGAUGGAUACGGCCCCGACUUUGAUGCCUGGCAUAAAUUGCACAAUUUGAGUGACUGGAGCUGGACAGAUAUGCGACCUUUUAUGGCGGCAGCCACGCCUAAAAAAAUGGAUCUCUAUGAAAUACCACGAGACUACUCAAUGUUAUCUUUAGCACUUGAGGAAUCGAAAGCAGAGUUUGUCGAGCAAUCCUGGCAGUUUCGACGUUCUGUCUACAACAUUAAGAAUGGACUGCGACACUCGGUACUGCAGCAGUUUCUGUUGCCAGUGCUAAACAGCGUGAAUCUUCGCCUGCUGCCAAAGACGCUGGUCAAACGCAUAAAGCUUUCCUCAACCCCCAAUCUGAAAGCCAGUUCCGUUUUAGUGGGCAUCAAGGAUGAGCAAAAUAAAGAGGUGGAGUUCAAUAUUAAAGUUCGACGCGAGCUGCUGCUAUGUGCCGGUGCCUAUCAAACGCCACAACUGCUCCUAGCAUCCGGCAUUGGUGACAGCACACUGCUUACGCAGAUGAAGCUAACCGUGCAACAUCAUUUGCCAAUGGUGGGUCAGGGGCUGCACGAUCACUUUAAUGUGCCGUUGUUCGUCUCUAUUGGCAGCAUUGGACCCACUCUUAACCAGCGAACGUUGCUGAGUCCCAUGAACCUGUUGAAUUAUUUGAGCCGCGGCACUGGAUUCUUUGGGAAUUUCGGAGUGCUAGGACAGGUUUCUGGCCAUGAAGAAUCGUUGCCGUUUGGGAUCACUUUCUUUGGCGCUGGCGCCAUCGAUGAAAGUGCCUUCAUGUCCAUAUCGAAUUUUAAGCGUUCGGCAUUUCGUGCGUUAUUUCCACUAUUUCAUAAUGCCACGCAGGAGGGUUUCAUUGUCAUUUCCAACUGUCUGCAACCCAAGAGUAGGGGCACUGUGACACUGCUGAACAAGAAUAUGCGCAGAAAGCCUCUAAUUGAUCCGAACUAUCUGAGCCGCGAUCAGGACGUCACAUGCAUCAUUGCGGCAAUAAGAAAUGCCGUAAAGGUGGUCCGAUCCUCUGCUUUUGCUAAAUUGCAACCGAAGAUUCAUUGGCCUAAGCUGCGAGAAUGCUCCAAUUUCGGACCGUUUGACAGAGAUUUCGCAGAACACCAGCCCUCUGAUCAUUAUCUUGAGUGUGUUAUGCGUCACAUCGGACUGGGCUCACACCAUCCAGGAGGCAGUUGUGCACUUGGAAGCGUUGUCGACUCGCAGCUUAGAUUAAAAGGCAUUUCGAAUGUGCGCGUUGUUGACGCCAGCGUUUUGCCUCGGCCCAUUUCCGGUAAUCCCAAUACUGUGAUUACAGCCAUUGCUAUACGUGCAUCUUCUAUUGUACUUAAGAGCGAGCUUCAAGAUAGUCUACUUUAGUUUACUGUUGACUGUUAAAAAAACUUGUUGAUAAAUUGCCCUAAUAUGAGAUGUAUUUGAAA